AUGGAGAUUGGCGUUUCGGUUCCCAUCGUGGAAAUUGGUGAUGACUUCGGCGCGCUUCGAGACUACAUUCAGGCUGCCGAAGAUUUGGGAUACUCCCAUGUACGCAUUCUUGACCACGUGUUGGGCGCGGUGUCGGAAAAACACCCCGAGGUGCCAAACUUCCCCUAUUCCCACGAGUCCUACAUCCACGAACCCUUUACGCUGAUGGCCUAUCUUGCCGCCGUAACCAAGAGCAUCGGAUUGACGACCGGUAUCCUGAUCCUGCCUCAGCGUCAAACUGCACUGGUAGCGAAACAGGCCGCGGAAGUCGACCUGCUUUCCGGCGGGCGGCUGCGGCUGGGUAUCGGCGUGGGUUGGAACUCGGUGGAAUAUGAAGCGUUGGGCGUCGAUUUCGCGUCCCGGGGCAGCCGAUGCGACGAGCAGAUCGAAGUUUUGCGCCGGUUGUGGACCGAGGAUGUCAUCGAUUUCCAUGGCAAGUAUCACGACAUCACCCAUGCCGGCAUCAAUCCCGCCCCGGUGCAGCGUCCCAUCCCUAUCUGGGUGGGCGCAGGACGGGGCAACGCGCCCACGCCGCCCAACGCAGCGAUUCGACGCAUCGGCAGGCUGGCCGACGGAUAUUUCCCAAUGAUGCCGGGCCUCGUCCGGCGCAUCUCAGCGGCGUUCUAUCCCUACUGGCCGCGAGUGCUGGCCAUUGGUCUGCUGAUCCUGGUCACCGCCGGCCUGGGGGUGGUGAACCCGGUGUUGAUCCAGGUCAUGUUUGACUCCGCUCUCUUCGUGCCGGGCGGACCCAACAUGGACCUGGUUUGGAACAUCGCCGCGGUGAUGGGUGGCGUUGUCGUCGUAACCGGCAGCCUUGGGGUAUUACAAACCUGGCUCACGCAGCAAAUCGGCCAGCGGGUCAUGAGAGACCUGCGUGAUCGUCUUUACUCGCAUCUGCAAUCUCUAUCGCUGGGCUUCUUCACAUCCACGCGAACCGGAGAAAUCCAGAGUCGUGUAGCCAACGAUGUUGCCGGGAUUCGCGUGGUCGUAACCGGAACCGUAAGCAACAUCCUUUCCAACAUCGUCAUCCUGGUCAGUACCCUGAUCGCCAUGUUCGUGCUGUCGUGGGAGUUGACCCUGGUGGCGGCGGGCAUAACACCUGUUUUUGCCGUGUUCAGUUACUGGGUCGGUAAGCGACGGCGCGCGAUGUCGUCGCUGGUCCAGGAGUCCACGGCGGAGAUGACGGCGAUCACCCAGGAAACCCUGUCGGUAUCGGGCGUCAUGCUGACGCGGCUGUUCGGAGCCCAACAGCGCGAAAUUGAGCGCUUUCGGCAACAGAAUGUCCGUUUGUCAGACCUGGAGAUCCGCCGGGAGAUGACCGGCCAGACGAUUUGGGCCGGCAUCCAGAUAUUCUUCUCCCUGUCUCCCGUAGUAAUUUACGUACUGGCGGGAUACCUGCUUUACGGUUCCUUCGGACCGUCCGGCGUGUCGGCCGGCACGAUAGUCGCAUUCACCACUCUGCAAACCCGCCUCUAUUUCCCCAUCAGCACUUUGUUGCGCACCUCUGUUGAAUUGCAAUCCUCUCUCGCAUUGUUUGAGCGCAUCUUCAGUUACCUGGACAUUCGUCCUGAAAUCGUAGACGCGCCGGACGCCAUCGAGUUUCCAGCCGAUCGGGUUGCCGGGGCGGUGUCGUUUCAGAAUGUGCGGGUGAAUUACAAGUCGCCGUUGCAAACCGAGGACGGUGAGGACGACGAGACCAAUGAACCUGAAACAGCCUGGGCGCUGGACGGUGUCAGUUUCGAAGUCAAGCCGGGCCAGUUGGCCGCGUUGGUGGGCCCCAGCGGAGCCGGCAAAACGACCAUUUCCUACCUCAUUCCACGCCUGUACGACGCUACUUCGGGCCUGGUCACCAUCGACGGCGUCGACGUGCGACGUAUCACGUUGGAAAGCCUUGCCGGCAUGGUGGGCUAUGUGUCCCAGGAGAGCUACCUGUUCCACGCAUCCAUUCGCGAGAACCUCACCUACGGCAAUCCCGACGCUACCGACGCUGAGAUGCACGCCGCGGCGCAGGCAGCCUACAUCCACGAACGCAUCAUGCAGUUCCCGGGCGGUUAUGAAACCGUGGUAGGCGAACGUGGAUACCGGUUAUCAGGAGGCGAGCGCCAACGUCUGUCAAUCGCUCGCGUGAUCCUGCACCAUCCCCGCCUCAUGAUCCUGGACGAGGCAACAUCAGCAUUGGACACCGCAAGCGAGCGUUACGUUCAGGCAGCGUUGGAGCCGCUCAUGAAGGGCCGAACCACCAUCGCCAUUGCCCACCGGCUUUCAACCAUCUUGGCCGCCGACAUCAUAUACGUGGUCGACAAAGGCCGAAUCGUCGAGCGCGGCACCCAUUCCGAACUAUUGGCACAGCGAGGCUUGUACGCCGAGCUAUACGAACUGCAGUACGAGAGCGGCGGCGUGGAGUGCAUCUGUGAGGAUGGCGUGAUGCUAUCCAACGGAAACGUUCGAUUGCCGGUAUCGGUGUAA